GUGUGUUCGACAACUGUUCCCAUUCACUAAAUGAUAAAGGCUGGUCAGUAGGCAUUCAAACUAUGGAACCAGCGGGCACCAAAGAUGCACGGUUCUACUUCUCGCUUCGUACAGACCGAGCUGUGAAAUCCACCACUGUCUAUAGUCACCACCGGUACCAAGCCAAUGUCUGGACUCACCUAAUGGCCACAUAUGAUGGCCUCAACAUGACCCUGUAUGUUGAUGGAGCCAAGGUAGGAGAAAGUAGCCUCCAGUCUGGGAAUCUCUACAGUCCCUUUAUGCAGACCUGCAGAACCUUGUUUCUUGGCAGCAAACAGUCAGAUGAGGGUCACAGCUUCAGGGGCCACAUUGGAGGUGUGGUCUUAUGGGACUAUGCCCGCACCCACGAGGACCUACUAAAAGACACACACCUAAUGGAUACAAGCAAGCCAGUUCUAGCGAUGUGGGGUGAUUUCACCAAUGUGGAUCGGCUAUGGACCCCUUAUAAAUCUGGCCUUCAUCCGACUGUUGUCACCACUCCUGUACCUGAACAAGAACGCAUCUCUAUGUUUCUGCCCCCACCCUGUGGCCUGACACAGUGUGACAACACUGACAUCAUAUCUGGCUACAACAACAACUGGCAGCUGCGUACCCCCAAGCGCAUCCGUUACCAAAUCGUCAACCUCUCGGAUGAUGACGGUGGAAAUCCAACGGUGACGUUGUCCCAGAUCCAGACCCAGCAUCAAGCUCUGAAUGAAGCCUUCCGGCCUUACAACAUCACUCUGAAUCUCAGCAUCCAUAACGUGAAAAUCUCCAGACUUCGACAGAAAUUCAUCCUCAGCAACUGUCGAAUAGGCAAGAUUGGGAACCGCCAGUGUGAUCCGGAGUGCGACCAUCCGAGGACAGGCCACGAUGGAGGGGACUGCCUCAGGAUGGGGCACUGCUACAACUGGAAGAGACAAGAUGGGGUCUGUAACCCGGAGUGCAACAGCAUAUACUAUGACUACGAUGAUGGAGACUGCUGUGAUGCAGACGUCACAGAUGUCCUCAAGACCUGCUUUGAUCCUGAAUCUCCUGAGAGAGCAUACAUGAGUGUGAAAGAACUAAAGGAGGAACUAAACCUGAGCAGCAGCGACACGCUCAAUGUUUUUUUUGCAAGCAACUCAGUGCGUGAAGAGUUGGCAGGAGCAGCGACCUGGCCGUGGGCAAAGGAGGCUCGUACACACCAAGGUGGGAUGGUCCUCAACCCAUCCUACUUUGGUACAACAGGCCACCAAAACACAAUGAUUCAUGAGAUGGGACACAUAUUUGGACUGUACCAUGUCUUCAAGGGGGUGAGUGAGCGGGACUCCUGUGACGACCCAUGCCAGGAGACCACUCCGUCAAUGGAGACAGGAGAUCUGUGUGCCGACACAGCGCCAACAACCAAAUCCAAAGCCUGCCAUGACCCUGGAGCUGUUAAUGAUACAUGUGGAUUCGUCACCUACCAGAACACUCCUUACAGCAAUUACAUGAGUUAUACUGAUGACAACUGCACCAACAAGUUCACUCCAAAUCAAGUAGCCAGGAUGCACUGUUAUCUUGACCUGGUCUACCAGAAGUGGCUGAUGGACCGUCUACCUACCCCCAUCCCACUUGCCCCCAUAGUGACCGACCAACGAGCCAAUUCUGUCUCAUUAUAUUGGCUUCCACCAAUGAGGGGGCCACUUAUUCAAAGCUCCUCGUUUCAUGGCUCUGGGAUCAGCUGUGAAAACUGUGAGAAAGACGGCGUAUUUCACCAGUACGCUUAUCAGGCAUCCUCGCCWCGCGUCUGUGACACGUCGGGCUACUGGACACCUGAAGAGGCAGUCGGGCUGCCUGAUGUGGAACAGCCGUGUGAACCCAGUCUCCAGGCCUGGAGUCCCGAGCUCAGCCUUUACGACACCAACGUGACGUCGCCCUGUCCCGACACGGAGGGCUGCACCCUCACGCUGAGUUUCCUGCACCCUGUCAUUCCUCACGCACUCACAGUCUGGGUAACCUACAUCUCCUUAAACAACCCCGCUUUAGCCAACAUUGAGCUGAUUACAGAGACAGGGAAAAGCAUCAACCUGGGACCACAGCAUGUUUUAUGUGACAUGCCCCUCACUGUGCGCCUCGACACCCACAACGUGGCGGUAGCUGCCAUUAAACUCUGCACCUUUGAUGAGAAAAUGGAAAUCGAUGCGGCCAUGCUGUCUUCUGGCCCCGGCAGCCCUCUUUGUUCUGGGUGCCAACCUCUGCUGUAUCAGGUUCAGCGUCAGCCACCUUUCAGCGGUAAAGCCCCCUCACCUACGACUGAGCAGACUUUCACAGACAGCUCUGUUAUUCAGGGAGUCAAGUACCAGUACACAGUCCAGGUGGAAGCAGAUGGUCUCCUCAGCUAUCCCUCACCACCUCUUAUCUACACACAUGGGCAGUCCUACUGCGGGGAUGGUCUCGUACAGGGGACGGAGGAGUGCGACGACGGCAAUCUGUUGGACAGCGAUGGCUGCUCCAAGAAAUGCCGAAGGGAGGCAGGCUUUAGCUGUAACGGUGAACCCAGUCAGUGUUACGUUUACGAUGGUGACGGUGUGUGUGAGGAGUUCGAGCAGAGCUCCAGUGUACAAGACUGUGGUUACUUCACUCCUUUGGGGUACACAGAUCAGUGGGCAUUGACUGCCUCUGCGUCUCACCAGGACCCCAACCUCUGUCCUGCCAGUGCUGCCACAGGGGAGCCAUCAUUUCCCAAGCUUUGUAGUUUUCAGCACCCAGAGGUGAGUGAGUUAUUGCCUACRGAGGCCUGGUUCCCUUGCACAGCCCAGUCGGACACAAACAAUGGCCUGGAACAUUCAUAUUGGCUAAAGGUGGGAUUUGUUAAUUCUGGAGUGGCAGCCUCUGUAAUGGUUUACUUGGCUUCAGAUGGUUUGUGGUCUGGGGAGCAGUAUCGCAGGACUGUCACUCUUCUCCUGUCUGAUGCUGAUGGCAAGAACCACUCAUUAGGCACCCACGACCUCUCGUGCCAUCGAAACCCCCUGGUGGUAAACGUGACCCACGACCUUUCGCAGCCGUUCUUCCUCACGUCCUCAGUCAUCCUUCUCCUCUCCUCCCCCUCUGUGGCAGUGAGAGGGGUGGCUCUGAGGACCUCCUGUCACUUCAGCACCUUCGCCCUGACCGGCUGUUUAUGGCAGCCGUGUCAGCUGGACAGCUGUAAUCCUCCGCAGAUAAAGCACGCCUCUGUCAGGUGUACAGGAGGGGGGGAGGCGUCGCACUGCUCUGUCCAGUGUCACCGUGGUUUCAGCAUCACUAUCCUCAGUGGGAGGGGGACACCACCACACCAGAGAACAGCAGAGCUGGAGUGUUUACAUGGUUCAUGGGAUCGCGUUGUUAGCUGCGAGCCUGUAGACUGCGGCCUUCCUGACCAGUCUCAUGUUUAUUACGCCAUAUUCAGCUGCCCCUGGGGGACCACUUUUGGCAAACAGUGUUCUUUUACCUGUGGACCACCAGCCAUACUACAAGGUGACAGCGAUAGGUUAGUGUGUUUGGAAGAUGGCCUAUGGUCUUUCCCAGAGGCCUACUGCAAGAUUGAGUGCGCCGAGGGUCCAGACAUUCCCAGCGCCAAACUGCUAACAGCACACUGUCUGGAUUCAGGGCACCAUGUUGGCUCCAUGUGCCAUUACAAAUGCAACCCUGGCUUCUAUGUAGCAGGGAGCCUCAAAAACAAGACACCGAGAGAGAAAUCCGCUGUACUAAGGACGGUGUGUGGACAGCAGAGUUCACCAUGUGCUCCACUCUUCGGGGUUCGUGCUCUGCUCCUCCAGAUCUUAACUCUGUAGAGUACAGCUGUGACCAAGGGAUGGGUAUUGGUGAUGAGUGCUACCCAACAUGUGUCGUCACUCUAAACAUGGAUCUUCAGGACCCAGUGGUUCUGCCCAAUGGCACUACAGCUGAUACUCUGAAGCACUGGAUGCUGCCCACCACUGUCCAGAGCAUAGUCUGCACCGGGAUGAUGAAAUGGUUUCCUGACCCACGAAACAUCUUCUGUAUCCAGUCAUGUGAGCCUUUUGGAGGAGACGGCUGGUGUGACACUAUCAACAACAGGGCCUACUGCCAGUACGAUGGUGGAGACUGCUGCCCGUCCACACUCUCCACUAAAAAGGUCAUUCAGUUUGGAGCGGACUGCAGCGAGGAUGAGUGCACUUGCCGCGAUCCAGAUGCUGACGAGAAUAAGAACAAAGCCAAACAUCUGGACUGAUGAAGUGCUGCUGGAGGAGGAAGAUGGAGAAAUAAGAAGCUAAAUUUGUUCUAAACAUGAGUCAAAUCACAAAAAAAAACACUACUAUAAACAAGAACAAAAAUGAUUCUUCAUAUUUGUAAUAUAAAGAAUGCAGUUUGAGAGAUUUUAUUUGUAAAUCACAUUAAAUGGGAUUUAUGUUGGGUUAAAUUCCUUAUUUUAGYCCAGCAACAUACUCAUCCACAUAUUGUUUUCUCUCCUGAGUGAGGAAACCAAAGAUUAUCUCAUUAGGAUGAGAAAAUGAUUUAAAGAUCAGAGCCUGACUGAUCUUUAAAUCUCUGCAGAAGUAAAGCCGUAAUUAUGAGAUCUAAUUACUGUUUUGAUUGAACUUAAAACCAUUUCUGGACUUGAUUAGAGUUGGACCAGACUGAGAUCUGCUCAGUGUGUGCACAAUCCUCACAUGGAGGGCUACAAGAGRAAACUAUUUGCCCUCUAUUGACGAUAAAAAUCUCACAGAGUCAAAAUCUGUCUGCCGCAAACCAAUGAGAACAGAAAAAAUCCAGUCCAGCUCAGGCGUCUUUAUCUCAAAGACGAAACCAAACCAUCUUUGUCCAUUACCAGACCAAWCAAAUGGCUUCACGAAUUCAGAUAUUCCACAUGUUGAACGGUUUUGUCUGACGUGUAGCUGUUAGGUGUGAAAGAGGAUAUAUAUCUGUACAGACAUAUAAUAUAAUAUAUUUGGAUCUCCUAAUGUAUGUAUUAGGCCACUUGUUAGCCACACAGGUCAAUACUCUGUACUAUUUAGCUCACAUUUUAAGUCAUUUAAACAUGGUAUUUUAUCGUCCAACACUCAUCUGUGGCAGUAAACCUGCAGAAUGUGGACUUUUUAAAUACAGUUAAAUUUUAACGGAUGUUCUGUAACUUCAGCUACAAACCAUGAACACAUUUGCUGUUCCUUCUUGCUCAGCACCACUGAAAUGACUCUGCACGUCCAGAUAAAGGUGUAAUAAUGUUGUACCUAAAACACAAAGAAAUGAAAUCUGAGAAGACAACGCUCUGCAUCAACACAUUCGUGUGUAAAAAGGCAGGUUCUGCCGGUACUAACCAGAAGUCAAAAACUUUGUCACUACAUCGUAUCUAUAAAAGUAUAAUCAUGUUUGUGAUAUUUUACUGUACUUUAUACAUGAUGUAAUAAAUACCAACUUUAUAUGGACCUUAA